AUGAGCAGACUCAACAACGCAAUCAAAGCCGGUCAGACCGUCAUCGAACUCGGUCAAACCGCGAAUACCUUCGCAGGCCACGCCUCCCAGUUUCGCGCUGCCGAUAAGAAGGAAAUGGGCCGACAAGCCGGUCGCCAUGCCUUCAACGAGGGCACGGAGACCGGCAAGACCAUGGGCAAGACUUGGCUCAAGACCUUUGAAGUGGUCCCACGUCUCGUCUGUCGCGGUCUCCAAUUUAUCUUUGCUCUCAUCGCGUGUGGCUUCUACGGCCAUCGCGUUAGCGAAGCCGGCGACGGCGACUACGGCUUUUCGCCAGAGUGGUACUUUGCCCUCACCAUCGCAGGUCUCUCGGCCGCCACAUCCAUGAUCUUCGUCGCCGUUACACCUCUCGGCGCUCUUCCCCUUAUCGGCAGCAAGCUUAAGCUCUUCAAGACCUACAGAGCAUUUGCCUGGGAUCUCAUCCUCUUUAUCACCUGGCUCGUGGUAUUCGGAAUCUUUGCUGGGAUCUUCCUCGGCCGAAGCAGCGACGACAAGUACAAGGGUGCCAGCACGGGCGCGAUGAAGACUGCGGUCUGGAUUGAUCUUGUCAACUCCAUCCUUUGGCUCACCUCGGGUGUGUAUGGCUGCCUCAAGACUUUCUUGGGUGAAAAGGCGGAUGAGAUGACGGAUAAGGUUGGACAGAAGCUGUUUACCAAGAAGCAGAAGCCAGCUAAGGAGGCUGACUAUGCCGAGAGUGUUUAA